AAAUGGAAGAAGAGAAUGUGCUCCAUGUCUUCGGCUUCGGCGGCGGCGCGGAGGCCAGUGUUUGACGAGAAGGAGGAUGUGAACUUCGACCACUUCCAGAUCCUGCGGGCCAUUGGGAAGGGCAGCUUCGGCAAGGUGUGCAUUGUGCAGAAACGGGACACGGAGAAGAUGUUCGCCAUGAAGUACAUGAACAAGCAGCAGUGCAUCGAGCGCGACGAGGUCCGCAACGUGUUCCGGGAGCUGGAGAUCCUGCAGGAGAUCGAGCACGUCUUCCUGGUAAACCUCUGGUACUCCUUCCAGGAUGAGGAGGACAUGUUCAUGGUGGUGGACCUCCUGCCGGGUGGGGACCUGCGUUACCACCUGCAGCAGAAUGUCCAGUUCUCGGAGGAGACUGUGCGACUGUAUAUUUGUGAGAUGGCGAUGGCCCUUGACUACCUGUGCAGCCAGCACAUCAUCCACAGAGAUGUCAAGCCUGACAACAUUCUCCUGGAUGAGCAAGGACACGCACACUUGACAGACUUCAACAUCGCCACAAUCAUAAAGGACGGCGAGAAGGCAACCGCACUGGCUGGUACCAAGCCCUAUAUGGCUCCUGAAAUCUUCCAGUCCUUUGUCAGCGGGGGAACUGGCUACUCUUUUGAAGUGGACUGGUGGUCAGUGGGGGUGAUGGCCUACGAGCUGCUUCGAGGAUGGCGGCCCUACGACAUCCACUCGAGUGACGCUGUGGAGUCCCUGGUGCAACUGUUCAGCACCGUAAGCGUCCCAUACGUCCCGACCUGGUCCAAGGACACAGUGUCUCUGCUGAGGAAGCUCCUCACUGUAAACCCCGAGCACCGUGUGUCCAGCCUCCGUGACAUGCAGGCCUCGCCUUCACUGGCCCAUGUGUCCUGGGACGACCUGAGUCAGAAGAAGGUGGAGCCAGGCUUCGUGCCCAACAAAGGCCGCCUGCACUGCGACCCCACCUUCGAGCUGGAGGAGAUGAUCCUGGAGUCGAGGCCGCUGCACAAGAAGAAGAAGAGGCUGGCCAAGAACAAGUCCCGCGACAACAGCAGGGACAGCUCCCAGUCUGAGAACGACUAUCUUCAGGAUUGCCUGGACGCCAUCCAGCAGGACUUUGUGAUUUUUAAUCGAGAAAAGCUGAAGAGGAGUCAGGACCUUACAGCCGACCUGCUCCCCGAGCCUGAGCUGCAGGAUGAGGCCGAAGCAGAAGCACCGGUGGACAGAGGGCCCAGGGGGUCCCUGUCCAUGUGUGGCCCCCUCUGUCCCUCGGCAGGCAGCAGCUGA